GCCGUCUAACACUGGAGGCAUGGCGUUUGCCAAGAGUGCGGUGCUUUUCAUCUUUACAAUGUCCAUUUGGGGCAUCUCCAUGGGAACCAUUCAUUGGGUGGGCGGCUUCCUCGGUUGGACCACAAUCGCCGUAGGCUUGCCACUCGAUUACAAACUCUGGACAGCAACCAGGAACUUCCAUGUUGGCGAUGUUGUUAUUUUCAAGUACAACAAAAAUUGCAGUGAUGUGGUCCGUGUGACUCACCAGAAUUACAACUCAUGCAAUGCAACAUCUCCGAUUGCGUUCUACUCAUCGGGUUCCGACACCAUCAACCUAACAAAGCCAGGCCACUAUUACUUCAUUUGCAGUCUCCAGGGCCGUUGUCUCGCCGGCCAAAAGGUUAACUUCGAGGCGACUCUACCUCCACCACACUUUUCGUCUUCGGCGUCGGUUGUUCAGUUACCAAAGUCAAGUUCCGUGUUGGGUGAAGCAUUGGAUACCGUGGAACCAAUGCCCGGCAGUGCUCCCGGUCUGAAACCAUUUGACUUCUGCUUGUCUCUCGUUGUCAUCGCGUUCGUGGUGGGUGUUACUGGAAUUUGCACUUACGACAUGGUUGAGUUCCUUGUUUACAAGUGA